GCCUUCCUGUCUUCCAGCGACGUCAUCGCCCACAUCCGCUGACAUGAGGACGACGGCGGCGUCGCUACGAAAAGCGAGAGAAGGAAAACAGGAAAAACCAUCGGCGAAAACACACAAUUUCCACACUCGUUCUCAAGUCCUUGCUUUUGUUGAAGGAAAAUCAAUUCGUCGACCUAAAGCGGCGUGGUCACGUGGCGCGCUUUUUAGAGUUUAUUGUUCUUCGGCUGCUUCCUCCUGUGCACUGUUUAGCUUGGCUAGCUAGCAUUAGCCGGGAAUGUGGAGUUGCCUUCACAUUGGGCGCUUAUUCGUACUUGCAGUGAGCCAGUGCCGCUUUAGGGAACAGCGCUCUUAAUCCGCUGGACUGCUUUAGUUGGACGACAAUGGCAACGUCGGCUCUGUACGCCUGCACGAAGUGUAACCAGCGGUACCCGUUCGAGGAGCUGUCGCAGGGCCAGCAGCUGUGCAAGGAGUGUCGCAUCGCACACCCAAUAGUCAAGUGCACGUACUGCAGAUCUGAGUUUCAGCAGGAAAGUAAAACCAAUACUAUCUGCAAGAAAUGUGCCCAGAACGUCAAACAGUUUGGGACACCCAAACCGUGUCAGUACUGUAACAUUAUUGCAGCGUUCAUUGGGACAAAGUGCCAACGUUGUACAAACUCCGAAAAGAAAUACGGGCCACCUCAAACGUGCGAGCAGUGCAAACAGCAGUGUGCCUUUGACCGCAAAGAGGAAGGCAGGAGAAAGGUGGAUGGAAAACUGCUGUGCUGGCUCUGCACUCUGUCCUACCGCCGCGUUCUGCAGAAGACCAAGGAACAGAGGAAAGGCUUCGGCUCCUCCAACUCCUCAUCCCUGAACGAGAAAGACCAUCACUCUCGGCAGCACCAUCACCAACAAAGACACGGCAGCUCUCACCACAAACUUAGUGGGAGCUUGAGUCCUGAACAGGAGCAAGGAUUGUGGAAGCCGAGCCAUAAAUCGUCUUCGAUCCAAAAAGAGACUCCAAAGAAGAAACCAAAAUUGGAGAUGAAGCCAUCAAACGGUGACAGCAGUUCAAUCACCCAGUCCAUGGAUUCCGGAGGAACUGACAACUUCAUUCUCAUCAGCCAACUUAAAGAAGAGGUGAUGUCACUAAAGAGACUCCUGCAGCAGAGGGAUCAGACCAUUCUUGACAAGGAACGAAAGCUAACGGAGCUGAAAGCCGACUUUCAGUACCAAGAGUCCAACAUGAGAGUCAAGAUGAACCAAAUGGAGAAGGCACACAAAGAGUCGAUGGAACAGCAGCAGACGAAGAACAGAGAGCUGAUGAAACAAGUGGCCGCGCUGUCCAAAGGAAAAAAGUUUGACCGGACAGGAAGUUCACUGCUGCUGCCCUAACAAUUUGCCAAGCAGUGGGUGCUAACACACAGCGACUUCAUUUUCCUCUUUGCCGUCGGCAUCGACCCUUUUGUUGGUAAAUCCAGAAACCAUGUUGUCGCACGUGGAAACCAAGAGCAAACAAAAGCUGUCUUGAAAACGCCAAGGUAUUUUAGAUCUUUUUGGUUGACUUUUUUUUUUUUUUUUUUUUCCCCACUGGACUGUAGGAUGCAACUUGGAUGUGGGACAGAGCCCUCAUUUAUUAGCACUGCCAGGUGAAACGCAAGCGUGGCAAGCAUCAAGAAAUCUUCUGGAUUUUAUAUGGGUGUUACACGCCAUUUUUUUACAUUUUUUUUUUUAUUUAUUCGACUGUCUUAGCUUUUUUUUUUUUUUUUUUUUUUUUUUUUUCUCCCCCCCUCCCCUUUACAUCCAAACACAACAUACCAAGACAAUAUCCCACAUUUGUGGGUUUUCUUCAAGAGCUAUUCUAUUUUUCUAAAUGAUUGUGGAAGACGAGUUCUCCUGAAUGCAGAGACUGCGCAACUUCACAAUAUAUGCAAACGUGGAGUGGAGUGUGUGCUGCUGAUCACGAGACGACACUCGGUAACACUCCGUGAACCAAGCGGCGAACAUGUUGAAACUCUUCUGGACGGAAACUUUCUCACAGUGUGGCAGCCGAAGUGCUUUGCUGUUUUAACUUCAGUGGAACGAUUGUAAUUCUGCAUGAUUUUACCACCAGAUACCUUUCGGGACUGCUUUCAUUGCCUAUUUUAAUUCCUUUUUUUAACGAAACACUUUUAAAUGUAUUACAUUGGGGUCCGCCGUUGUAUAUUUAAACUCUUGCUUGUAUGUGUUUUAGUAAGUAUCGUAUGUGUAUGGUGAGGCCAGUUUUGUUGAUCAUUUAUAGAUGCUUUUAAAAAAAAAAAAGGAAAAAAAAAACACUCCCUUCACCUCUGAUUAUUGGGCUGGUUUCAUACUGUGCUGUCGAAGAACUUUUUUGUAUUUCCCCCCCCAAAUCAAGUGUUUUAAAAACAAUUAAAACUGGCUAAACUUC